CACAAUCACAGCUCCGGGCAUUGGGGGAACCCAGCCGGCCGCGCCGGGGGAAUCCGUGCGGGCGCCCCGUCCCGGUCCCAUCCUCGCCGCGCUCCAGCACCUCCGAAGUUUUGCAGCGCCCAGAAGGGAGGCGAGGAAGGAGGGAGUGUGUGAGAGGAGGGGGCAAAAAGCUCACCCUAAAACAUUCAUUUCAAGGAGAAAAGAAAUAGGGGGGGGCGCAAAAAUGGCUGGGGCAAUUAUAGAAAACAUGAGCACCAAGAAGCUGUGCAUUGUCGGUGGGAUUCUGCUCGCGUUCCAGAUCGUCGCCUUUCUGGUGGGAGGCUUGAUUGCCCCAGGGCCCACGACGGCAGUGUCCUACAUGUCGGUGAAAUGUGUGGAUGCCCGUAAGAACCAUCACAAGACAAAAUGGUUCAUGCCUUGGGGACCCAAUCAUUGUGACAAGAUCCGAGACAUCGAAGAAGCCAUUCCAAGGGAAAUUGAAGCCAAUGACAUCGUGUUUUCCGUCCACAUUCCCCUCCCCAACAUGGAGAUGAGUCCUUGGUUCCAGUUCAUGCUGUUGAUCCUGCAGCUGGACAUUGCCUUCAAGCUAAACAACCAAAUCAGAGAAAAUGCAGAAGUCUCCAUGGACGUUUCCCUGGCUUACCGUGAUGAUGCUUUUGCUGAGUGGACUGAAAUGGCCCAUGAGAGAGUACCACGGAAACUCAAAUGCACCUUCACAUCUCCCAAGACCCCAGAGCAUGAGGGCCGUUACUAUGAAUGUGAUGUCCUUCCUUUCAUGGAAAUUGGGUCUGUGGCCCAUAAGUUUUACCUUUUAAACAUCCGGCUGCCUGUGAAUGAGAAGAAGAAAAUCAAUGUGGGAAUUGGGGAGAUAAAGGAUAUCCGGUUGGUGGGGAUCCACCAAAAUGGAGGCUUCACCAAGGUGUGGUUUGCCAUGAAGACCUUCCUUACGCCCAGCAUCUUCAUCAUUAUGGUGUGGUAUUGGAGGAGGAUCACCAUGAUGUCCCGCCCCCCAGUGCUUCUGGAAAAAGUCAUCUUUGCUCUUGGGAUUUCCAUGACCUUUAUCAAUAUCCCAGUGGAAUGGUUUUCCAUCGGGUUUGACUGGACCUGGAUGCUGCUGUUUGGUGACAUCCGACAGGGCAUCUUCUAUGCGAUGCUUCUGUCCUUCUGGAUCAUCUUCUGUGGCGAGCACAUGAUGGAUCAGCACGAGCGGAACCACAUUGCAGGGUAUUGGAAGCAAGUUGGACCCAUUGCCGUUGGCUCCUUCUGCCUCUUCAUAUUUGACAUGUGUGAGAGAGGGGUACAACUCACGAAUCCUUUCUACAGUAUCUGGACUACAGACAUUGGAACAGAGCUGGCCAUGGCCUUCAUCAUUGUGGCUGGAAUCUGCCUCUGCCUCUACUUCCUGUUUCUAUGCUUCAUGGUGUUUCAGGUGUUUCGGAACAUCAGUGGGAAGCAGUCCAGCCUGCCAGCUAUGAGCAGAGUCCGGCGGCUCCACUAUGAGGGGCUAAUUUUUAGGUUCAAGUUCCUCAUGCUUAUCACCUUGGCCUGCGCUGCCAUGACUGUCAUCUUCUUCAUCGUUAGUCAGGUAACGGAAGGCCAUUGGAAAUGGGGCGGCGUCACAGUCCAAGUGAACAGUGCCUUUUUCACGGGCAUCUAUGGGAUGUGGAACCUGUAUGUCUUUGCUCUGAUGUUCUUGUAUGCACCAUCCCAUAAAAACUAUGGAGAAGACCAGUCCAAUGGCGAUCUGGGUGUCCAUAGUGGGGAAGAACUCCAGCUCACCACCACUAUCACCCAUGUGGACGGACCCACUGAGAUCUACAAGUUGACCCGCAAGGAGGCCCAGGAGUAGGAGGCUGCAGCGCCCGGCUGGGACAGUCUCUCCAUACCCCAGCCUCUCUCACUAGAGUGGGGAGCAUUGCCACAGAGAGCUCAAUGUACAAAUGAAUGCCUCGUGGCUCUGAGCUGUGGCUUCUUGGACCAGCAGCAUGGACAUUUGUCAGUUUGCCUUCUGACGGUAGCUUUUGGAGGAAGAGUCCUGCAGCCACUCAUGCGUUGUGUAUGAUAACAAAAACUCUGGUAUGACACAUUUUCUGUGAUCAUUAUUCAUUAGUGACAUAGUAACAUCUGUAGCAGGUGGUUAGUAAACCUGGUGGGGGUGGGGUGGGGGUGUAUUCCUUGGGGGAUGGUUUGGGCCGAAUGGGGAGUGGAAUAUUUGACAUUUUUCCUGUUUUAAAUUCUAGGAUAGAUUUUAACAUCCUUUUGCAGUCCCAGUCCAAGGUAGGCUGGUGUCAUAGUCCUCUCACUCCUAAUCCAUGACCACUGUUUUCUUCCUAUUUAUAUCACCAGGUAGCUACUGAGUUAAUAUUUAAGUUGUCAAUAGAUAUGUGUCCCUGUUUUGUGGCAUAAUAUAAAAUAACUGAAUUUCCUGAGAAGAUUUAUUCCACCAGGGGUGUUUCAGCUUUGAAACCAAAUCUGUAUAUCUAAUACUAACCAAUCUGUUGGAUGUGGGUUUUAAAAAAUGUUUGCUAAACUACCCAAGUAAGAUUUACUGUAUUAAAUGGCCUUUGGGUCUGAAAAGCCUUUUUAACCUCUUGCUUAAAAUGCAUUUUAUUUUGAUAAGAUCCUUCAAAUAGCCUCCAAAAGUAUAGAUCCAAUCAUUUAAAUAAACCUGUAUGUAUAUGCCUAUGUCUACAUGCAUACCCCCUCCUGCUAGAACUCAUACACAUGCAUGAUAAUCUGCAUAGAUUAUUCUCCAGGUUGAACCUAGGGGUGGGGAGUUGAUGGGGGAAAUAGGUUUCUGAAAAGUGGAUAUACUUUAUCAUCAAAUUAAAGUGUUUGGGGACAAUCUCUAUUCCUGGAGAAAGGGUGACAUUUUCUGUCCUGUGUGGUUAGCCUCCCUAGGCUGGCAAUGGACGCUCAUAUGUGUGACAACAAAGGUGGGGACAACAUCACGUCCUUUAGAAGCAGAGCUGUCCCCUGUCCUAUUCAGACUUUCCCCAAUAGCCUUUUUCAUUGUAUUUUAACACUUGCAUUGGAGGUAGCCGAGAGAAGGAACUGUUUCUGGUCGAAGGUCUGUGAUUUACAUCUGACCUAGCCAUUUCCUCACUUAUAUUGAUAAACUUUAACUGCUUACUGGGGUCACAGUGAAAAUUUCAGUCAGUUCAUGUAUAUGGAAGUGUUUUAUGAACAACAAGCCACAUAAAUGUGUUUUGAGUAACUUGUUUUUCAGACACUGAGGUCUGGAGGUCUGGGGCACAGUCCACGUAAUUCACCACUCAGCACCCCCAGCCUGCCUUUGCCUCACUUUGGCUUAAAGCGUGGUAAGCAGUGACAGUGGAAAAUGCUUUGACGUUGGCGUUCUCUCUAGGCCUUUUCCUGACCUGGUGGACACUGGAUGGUGUACGAUCCUGUGCACUCAAUAUCCAUUUACCAAUUAACCACUGCAGUGCCAGGAAUCAAAGGGAGCUGUGCCUCCCAGUCUGGUAGGGAACUCCUGUCCCAGAAGAUAGAGGGAAUGUUUCUGUAUCCCCUGGGUUAGGAAAAGGACCUGAGAUAGAUAGACCUUAAAGAAGAAGGAUUUUACCAGAGCCAACGGGCAAAGGGAUCAGCAGUACAAAAUGCAAAGCAUGGACAAUGUUUGGAUAAGGUCGGCGAUCAGGCCUGGCUGGCACAUAGAAAUGGAAAGAGCAGAUGAUGAGCCCUGUGCACCUGUGAGCCAGAUGGAGGGGGUCUUUAACACUGUAGUAAGAGUUACAAGACUCAGCCUCAGAUAUUAGGCAGAGAAGUGAUACGAUUGAAUGUGCUCUCUUUUCUGGGCUUGUCCAGCCUCUCCAGGCUCCAGUGCUCAGAGACUGGAACCAGGACAGUAGCAGAGGACUUGGAGGAGAGGAUUGUUUUGGAGAUAAAAUGCACAAGGUUUGAAUGUUCUGGAUGUGGGUUGCACAGAAAGUAAGAUCAGAGUCAAAUUUCAAGCCCUCGCUGGGGAAGGGAAUGGUGGGGUUUCGGACAGAGAGAGAGAUUCUUGGAUGACGAGUGUCAGUGGAUCCACUACUUAAAGUUUUCUAAGUAGGAGCCACCUCUAGCAAGCUUAGCUAAGAGAGAGCUAUACUAGAACUUUCCUAGCAUAUAUGAAAGAUCCGUGGAAGAGUUGAAUUAACCAGGAAGAUGGGAAGUGGGGCAGCUCUAAGGGCCCCUAGCACCAGGAAUCCAUGCACCUUUCUCUCACAGAGCAGUACCAUUCACUACUGAGUCUUUGUCCAGUUCUUGUUUCUCUCAAAAACUAGGAGCCUUAGGCAGGUGGCUGCCCCUGUGCCAGUCACCUGUGACCGGGAAGUUCAAAUGGUUGCUUGGGGCCCACCUUAUAGAUCGGUGUCCAUUUCCAAAGAACGGAGAAUCCAUUUUGAACUGGGCAAACAAUCAGAAAAGAUCUAGCACAGUGGUCAAGAUGAUGAGUUUGGGUUUGCCUGGGCUGGGUUUUAAAAGCCAUCUUUGAGGACAUGAGCUAACAAUUAGAACUUAGGGGUCCAGCAGAUUGGGCAGCCACCACCAUUGAGAGGGAGAAGGACGACUGGGCAGAGCAGCCAAACAAACAUAAAGCAGAUGACCACCAAGAGUAGUGAGCCAGACAUGGCCAUAUUCUAUAGGAAAGGGGAAGAAGAUGAGGGGGAUAAAUCGGAGAAAUGUGGGGCUUCAAAGAAAGAACCAGAUUCACAAGGAAAAAAGAAAAAACAACAUUAGAUGUCCUGAGAGGUUCAGCAGCAUUUAAGGAUCCAAGUCUCUUGGAUUUGGUGGUUUGGAUCUGUGUGACCUUCUUAAGUGGCAAGGGCAGAAAGUAGACAGAGAAGUGGAGUACAGUCAAUGGGCAAUUGUGAUGGGCAGGAAGGAAGUAGAGUAGUUGCUCCGAGAGGAGCCAGAGUAAAGUGGAGGCUUGUGUUUUUUAGUCUGCAGAGAAGUGAACUAAGUUUGUACACCUGAAGGGUGAGGUCCAGCCAUGAAGGAAACAUGAGGAGCUAACGUAAGCCACAAGCAAAAUCAGAGUUUUAGGAGCAAAAGUACAAGUUGAUGAGUUAGCAUUGAAGGAGUGAAAGGACACUUUCGUCCUGACAGGAGAGAAACAACAAAUGGACAGUGGAGGAGAGUGAGGUCCAGAGGAGAGGGGUUGCAGUAUGUCCCUGGGCUGUUCUGCCUUCUCCACCGAUGUGUAGUGGGCGUUGGAGUUUCACUAAAGAAGUCUCCGUUUCAAGAAUGCAGGUUGCAUGCAACCCAUUUCAAUCAGUGGAAAGAGAAGUGGAAACUCGAGAAAAAAUUAUUGGCCACGUAUACCAGUUUUAUACAUUGUCAUAAUAAACAUUUUUCAAGCAGCUUUAAAGGAUAUUAUAGGAAAAAAGUAUGAAAUUGUACAGGUGUCUGUUUUUAAAAAAUAAAGUUUACCAAUACUUAUGAUAAACCAAUAAAAUGCAAUUGCUAUAUCAAAUGGAAAACAAAAUCGGUUUUAUGUUGGCUAUCCCAGUGGAUUUUCACUGUGUAUUGUUCCUACAAGAAAAUGUCCAUAGUAAUAAGUGAUUCCACGUGUGACUCUCAAGGGUGGUUUUAACCAUUUCUCAGAACUGAGAUAAAGCUCUGACAAUUCUGAUGCCUGAGUUCAGCCUAUAAUCUCAGAGCUGAUGGGGCCCUUGGAACUCACGCCUCUGGGGUCCCAGCAGGUAACUUUGAGAAGUUCAAGAGAAAGGUCAGGGGAGGUUGGAGGACCUCCCAGGGUUCACAGGGUAGUGGCCACGCCCUGGUCUUGGGUCUCAUCCUAACCUUGUCAGUUCUAGAAACUAUAUGUUAUCUACUCUUUCAAAUUGAAUCAGGCUCCCAAAGGCUGAAUAGUAACAUUGGGGAAUCUAUAAACUAGAAUUUCUGCGUGACCUUUUACAGUAAAGAAUGCAUAGAUCUUGUGGCUCCAUCAUCGUAGACUUCCUUCCUUCCUAUUAUUUUCAGGUAACCAUGGAGGCUAAAAGAGGAAACAGAAGGUUUUUGGUAGACAAGGAAUAAAUUCACAGGGAAACUGGUGUCCUUGGACGAGAUAAUGUCCUCCUAACCCUGUGCCCUCCAAAGAAAAUACACACAGCUCCCUAAAAAGUGCCUAGCAUAGUGUGGGAAUUCCAUCAGGGAGAGUUGGUGAGUGAGAGAGUGAACACACUUGCCUGAUCCCCAUCUCUCUCUGCCACGUGACCCUGAAUUAUUUGGGAGCCAUCUUCUUGAUUCAAGCUGACUCAUCAGGAUGUCAGUGCAGUUGGUCACGCUCAACUUGCUGGUGGCGUCCAGACAUUCAUGAGCCUGUACUUUGUCUUCUGUAUUUCAAGGUCCUUUUUAUCCUGUAGUGCUCCGGGAAGCAUCUGACUUCUGCAGGCUGUCUCUCCAUCACGUUUUGAUACGUGAUUGAUUUUGUUGUAUGGGGAUAAUUUGGUUUCUGAAAUGACAUUAGCAGCCCCUUGUCUGCUGACAUCGAGGGGCCUUCUAAGCAUGUCUUGAAGUGUUCAGAGCUUCCUGUCUCCUGUGACAACACACUGAUCGCUCAGGGAAGAAUGCCCUUCGCUACUGAGACCAGACCUUUCGUUUGUGACUUAUUUGGAUUGAUAGAACCCCUUUUUGUAGGGCCUGCCCCAUGGAAGUCUUCCCUUCCCCAGGCUCAGCAUCUCAGCUCCUGAACCCUCCCUCCAGAAAUGGUUUCUAGAAAGUUCUCCCAUUACUACUUACCUGUUAACUGCAUCCUAGCUUCUCAAUGUUCCAAAAUGUGAUGCUCAGAUGGCAGGACUGCUCCAGCUGGCACAGGUUAGUGUGAAAAUGUCCCUUCCUGUACUGGGGCUUGAUGUCCUAGGAAAAUGGUACAGGAUUUUUAAAAAUACUCACUUCUCACUUUUUUUUUGCUUCUCAUGACCAACCACUAAAUACUUAGUUUUAAAAAUUUAUAUUACCAAUACCUUCUCUGUAUUCAGCAAUAUUUUUGACUUAAUGGUAGAACUUUACAUAUAUCCCUGUUAUGUAUUUUUUUUCCCCAUACACCAGUUAGGUUAAGGGACAUCUUUAGCUUUUAAAAAAGUACAGUUUGAAAUAUAAGUAAAAGCAGUGAAGUCUUUUCUAAGUACAAAAUGAAUUGGUUCCAAUUGCUAGAGAAUUUAGAAAUAUAUAUUCACCUGAGGCCAGAAAAACCUCCUUUGGCCUAGGCCUCUCCUUUGUCAAGCUCUCUCCAUCACAAGUGUGCAUGUGUGCACAGACACACACACACACACACACACAGACACAGAAUUUAACAGCAGUGAUGUGUGUUGUAAUAUGCAACUUUGUAAGUUACAUAUCUCCCCCCAAUACUACCUUCUCAGUCACAGAGUAGAGAUCUUACUUCACAAGAAGGGAGACUCAGGGAGGUGAAGUGACCUGCGCAAGAUCAUCUAUUACAGUGCCAGAGUUGGAACUAAAGGAACUUCAGUCUCGUCUUUCCAGUAGCAUAUCUGCAGCAGAAGAGUCAAGAAUGUUGUGAGCUGCAACUCUCACUAGAACCAAAUGACCUUAUUGGGAGAUGUUAGUCCAGCCUUAGAAACAAGCUCUUCACCUCCAUGAAUGGCAAGUGUCUGCCCUCUUCAGGCCAAAUCGAGAAUGACAUCGAUCACUGAGCAAAUCUUCAGAACCCAAGUCAGACCUUGGACUAUUGCUUUUCAGUAAGCUCUGGUCCUGGCUCUGUCUCUAACUCUUGCUGUGGGACCCUCAGGGAAGCUACCCACCCCCUUCAUCCCAGCUGAAUGAGAUGACUUCUGAAGUCCUCAGCAGCCCUGAUUCUAAGCCUCAUAAGGGAGAGUAGGUGUUAAUGGCACCCUAUGGCAAUGGUGGGCACCUGAUGCAGUUCUGCUGUGAGCCAUGUGCUGGCAUCACAGGGGUGGUUUAUUCAUUUCAUUUAUUAUCUGGACAGCCCCUUCUUAUAACUUACAUCCUUGCCUCUUCUGAGGCCCUAAGAUCCCCAAGGUGGCUCCUGUAUCCAGAAACCCUUUGGCCUUCCCUCCCAGUUAAGCAAGAUCUCUCUUCAACUCAGGGAUGCUGAGAGAUUGAAAGUGAACUACACACAGGAGCAGCCAAGACAGGAGUUCUUUCUAUAGCACCAUGCUUGGCUGAUUUCUUUACACGGAGUGGGCAGAAUUUUUAAAACAGCAUUUGUGCCUUUUAGCCUGGGCUCCUCCUAAAAGCAGACUCUGGGACAAGGAUUUGUGUGCAAGUAGCUGGCUUGAAAGGUGAUUCCAGGAAGCACUGAGGUGGCAUGGAGAAGCGAGGCUGAGACGAAGGGAACGCAAAGAACAGCCACCAAGGUGCAUUGCCAGGGCGUCUGCCAAGCUGUGAGGAACAGGCUGCAGAGUUGUCCCCUGGGGCUGAGGAAGCUGUGAGAGAGAGCCACUCACUCCCACCCUUUGUAGGUAGAGGGCCACCCCCAGGCUCUUAGCUACUUGGACCCAGGGCCAGCUUGAGGAAUAUGGGUGGGUGAGGCACCCGUGGCCUCUGCUGCAUUGUUUUUAAUCCAUUCUCAAAAACAAAAUGGUCCUAUCGCAGAAACUCUGCAAAAAUACAUGAAAGAGUAAAGAAAAACGUAAACAUUUUACAAUUACUCUAUCCAAAGAUAAAUACUGUUAAAAUGUAUGUUCUUACACAAGUUUUUCCAUGCAUAUAUGUGCAGAUUUAUAUAAAUUAAGAUUGUAUUAUACAUAGAAAAUAAAUUUCUGGACAGUUACAUAACCUGCCCUUUUCAAAGUAUAUGUAGGAAAUCUAUGUUAUUAUGUUGUCUUCUAUAACAUGAUUUUCAUGACUUUACUAUUAUAGUCUCCAAUAUGGAUGGUUCAUAAUUUUUACUGGACAUUUCAGUGGUUUGCAAAGUUUGACUAUUACAAUAUAUGUUGAAAUGAGCAUCCUUGGAUAUAAAUCUUUUUUGUACAUCA